AUGGAAACGGAACAGCUCACCUCCUUUGUCUCGGCGUCGGCCGGGAUUCAAGAAUCGGCCUCAUCCCUCGACCUCCAUUCGCAAGCAGAAACGCGUCCCCUUUCAGCAGCCAGCACAGCAACAGAGCGACCUACACUUCAGCUUCACGAUGUCCGCGCAUAUCCCAGGAAACCGCCGUCCGUCGACUCCAACUUCUCCAGUGUGCAAGGAAAGACGGCAGGGACACCGCCAGACCACAAUGACGCCGUAGAGCUGGACGAGACGGUCAGCUCCAUCUGGGACGAGUCUGCUCAAGACCCCCCACCGACAGCUCCUGCGCCAUCUGUUCCCGCCGCAGCUGCCGCAGUGCAACCCAGUGCAGCAGCUCCGCCACGUGUUGCUUCAAUAAUUCGUCCAGAUUGGAUGACGGAUGAUCUGGACGAAUCGUGGCCGGAAGAGGAGGUUCAGGCAGCUCAAGACGAUGGUGCAGCGCCCGCUGACACUGCCAAAUCUGUCAAGGCCAACGCACCCGAAGCUUCUAUGACGAAACCUCAGCCGGGCCGACCCCGCUCACCAUCACGCUCGACAGCAUCAAACGGUGUAAUGGCGACGCCAUCUGCAGUAUCGCGACCUUCCCUCUCUGCAGCCCUGUCCGAUGCGCUUCCCAAUCCUGCUUUCUCGGCAGCCCGUCAUCAGGCUCGUCGCGCUUUGCUCAAAGGGAGACCGUCAGGUGCUGGCGCUCCCACGCCCAGGUCAUUGGCCGUCAACAGCGCCUUCCAAGCUGGACCCUCCACGCCUUCCCUUCGCUUGCCCAGCCAUCAAUCCCGUCGCGACCGUGUCCGUCGCUCCAACGCAGAGAACCAAGAAGGCGACAGCACCAUCUGGUCCGAGUCUGAGUCCGACUCUGACUCUGAUUCGCCCUCCAACGACUCGGCGCCCGAUGACUUUGCGAGCGCCCGCGGUUCACUCGCCGAGAAUUCGCGCAUCACCAACAUGCAGACGGCUCAGCAAACCACCGCCAUGUCGCAACGGCAAGCUGAAUCUCCCAAGGCUGCCUCGGAUGCGUCCGGGGCUGUGGGCACAUUUAUACAUAAAGCAGACGCUUCCUCCCUCCCACCUAUUUUGCGUCCAGUCUGGCAAAGCCCUGCCAAGGGACAGAACGGUCAGGCCAAAAAGGGCAUCACAGCGCUCGGCGGCGACAUGUUCACUCCCAUGCGACUGCAGACCAUGUUCAAGACGCCGACGCCGCCCGGAAAACCCAUGCCAAACAUCAUGUCAGCUGUGACACCAUUUACAAUACCGGCAGAACCAUCCAGCGACCAGCAAGGAGAGCUUGUCGUGGCGCAGGGAACACUGACACACGACGUGGACGCAAUUCAGCACCAGGCUCCCUCACCACCCGCUGACGAGCAAGGAGCCGCCGUGCAUCCAGCAGCCGGGACGCCAGCUCGCGAUAGCGCGACGCCUCGCCCCACCCUGAGCAUUGGGCUGCCGAGUACUCCCUUCACCUUCCAAACCCCUCAUGCAGCGAUGCAAGAUCGACUGCAACCAGCUCGCGGAAUGAUUCCGUCCAAGUCGUUGCAGAACAUGCAGACUCUCCAUCCAAAUGGCUUGCAAGCUACAGCUCUUGCCCGGCCCGCCUCGGCUGCAGCUGAUCUCGGUCUUCUCUCCGGCCCUCCGACGCCACACACACCCAUGCGUCUCUUCAAGUUCGACUACGAUGAUGCCGCUACUCGUGCCAGGCUGGAAGACAUCGUCAGCGAGAGGACGCCGACGGCAGCGCCACAGCCCCCCCGAGCCGCUGAUGUCGAACGCGAACGCAAACGGCUUCGGCUCGACGUCAAGCCCCGCAAGGUCAUGACGGGCGAUCUUAUGUCCAUGCCCAUGCUCGGCGCCAGCGAUGUAGCAGCAGAGGCUCCAGCCUCGACACAUCAGCCUGUUGUCGACUAUGUCAAAGAAUCGGCCAGCUUCAUGAGCGCGCUUCAGGACGCCGUCCGCGUUCAGUCUGGACGGAGCACAUCGCCAGAGUGGGCGACCGAGGAGGACGAGUCGUCUGGCAAUGGCGCGAAAAGCGCACAAGAGCUCUCCUUCCAUCAAGGUAAAGCGGCGUCUUCACCAACCCCUCCACCUUCAUCGCCACCCAGGCGCCGUCGAUCCAUCGGCCUAGGUCACAGGAAACGACCGUCAGAACAGCAGCCAGCCUCAGUUCGCCAAGAUGUAGUUCCUUCUGUGCUCGAACAAGGAAGCCCUCAGCGCCUCUCGUCUCGCAGGUUACCUCUCGAAUCGUCCUUCAUCACCGAGUCCAGCUCGUAUGACAUUCCCAUGUCUUCUACGCUCAAGUCUCGAGCGUCCUUGUCUCGACGGAUCGCUGCCCUUGCCAAGGAGGGCGAGUCUCCCCGCAAAUUGCUUCGUCGCAUCAGUGCGGCUGCGAUCGCAGAAGAUGAGGUGCAGCAAGAAUCGGAUGGACCCGGCGCGCAGGAUGGCAAGCUCGCCGAAGAAGCCAUUGCCUACCGCGAUGAGCAGAUUCGUCAACUCGAAGAACGUAUCGCUCGACGUCGGCAACUUUACACUCCUGCCAAGGCAAGCAAUGUGGUGGAGCAGGCAACGUUCGCCGACGUGCAGCAGACUGUACAGAGGCCCCAGUUGAUCACGUUGCAUGAGCCAACAUUAGAUGCUAUCGCUGCGCAGCGCCAAUCCAAUGGCGCCGACUCUUCCGAAGACGAAUCAGAAUUCGACGACAGCGUCGUGGACGAUCCGCAACGGGCUCAGGCUCAACAAGAUGGCAACACACGCCGCUUCCAGGAUGGCAUCGUCCUGUACGACUCGGAGCGCAUUCCUGAUCCACCUUUGCCGGAUCCAGCUCGAGUGUUGCGCAACAUCGCCUCAGCUGUCGAGCUGCGCAACAACGUCCCCGAACGUGCGUCGAUGGCUCGCGCGUCGUCCUUGCUAGCUCUGCCCACGCAGCCCCAGGUCGCGAGCGCGGAAGUGCCCGAGCCGCCGGCCAAACGGGGCGACCGCACCGCCUCCUCCAACACCCUGGUCGACCGUAGCGGCGCGAGGACCGUCUCAGGUGACAUUGGCUCUCAAAUGACCAUCUCUGAUCUGGGUGGAAAAGGCGCGACCAUCACCCGGACCGGUAGUCUGUUCAACAUCAGCCAGAUUCCCGAUCAGGAGAUCGAAAGCCUGGGUCGAGGCAAGCUCACGUUCAAUAAGGAUUUGCAUCGAUGGGAAAAGGUGCCGCGAUCCCGAUCAUCGCAAGAGGAUCUGCGCUCAGCGGCGAGUUCUCGCAACGACUUUGUAGACGGCAGGCCGAUGGUCAAGACGCCCAUUCCUCCCACGAUCCCGGAAGCCUCGGCCGAGCUCUCGAGGAGUCAAGACGUCUUCUCCGAGUCUCUUGAGGAGCAGCAAGCUCGAACGCAGCAUGGAGCCCGCACCAACUCGUUCCAGCAACGACUCGACGGCCUGUCGUCAAACAAUGUCAGCGCAGCCGAUGGCAGGCUGAGUGAUUCAAGCGAUCCUUUCCAAGACUUCGAAAGCUUCGGUCAGAGCGAGCAGCCUCCGGCGUCAGCUUCCAAUGUCGUCAACGAAGACAAAGACUUGACUCCGAAGCCCGGUAGAUCGCAGCUGAUUGGCUCGAUCCGAGAGGCCCGUCACGCGACGGGAGCAGCUCAAAGUUCAACGCCGCAAGAGCCGCCGGCGACGGAUAUGGUCUCAGCCCGGACUCCCUCAACGCAGAGCGAGAGUCUACCGUCGACCAUCCCCAGCGCUGCCUCUAGCAACUCCCAAAACAAGAGCGUCACACCGAAUGCGCUGGUUGGGCAGGUUGCCCGAGCUUUGCCGGCUAGCACUGCGCCAAGAUCAGGCUCUUCGCUGCGGAACGUGGUCACUUACAGUCCAGACUCGACCGUCAGCAGUCGCCAUUCCGGGGUGAGUCAGCCGUCGACCGAUGGUCGAGGCGAGCUUGACUUUGAAGAACAUCUAGCGCAAAAUGCAGGCACCAAGCGACCCCGCGAUAACGCAAACGCUAAUGUAUAUGCGACGCCCGAUCGUCGACUGGCUCGAGAGCAAUUUGGCACACCGACUCCGAGAGCUUCAGGCCCCUUCGUAUCGACGCCGAAAUCGAUCCUCAAGCAGCCCGCCGUCUUCCGCAGCGAUGCAGCGGCCCGUCUCGACGGUGGUUCCCAGAGCACAUCGAGCAACUCUGCUGUAGGUGGCGGAACACCGAAUCGAACCAUUAGCUUCGCGGACCCGCCGUCGGCGACGCGAGCGCGCGAUGUAGGUUUGGCUCUUGCUUCUCGCGCCAAAAUAGCGGGUCAGCGACCUCGAUCGACACUAGAACAGGACGUUGACACAGGCGGUGAGGAUGGACGCACGCAGGCGAUCUCGAGCGCACUCAAGAUGCUCGCCGACUUGACUCUCGGCAACGAAUCCGCCGUCUUGACUCCGGGCGCUCUGACAUCUUCCAACAUGCGAGACCUGGACGCCAACCGUUCUCACUGGUCUUACCGCACCCUGCGUCGACCCCGCAAGACAAGACACGACGAGGGUGACCAAGACGACCACAGCUGGCAGCAGGACGAAGAGACGUACGACGAGCUGCACGGCUAUCCCGAUAUGACGCUGCUGACCGACGCGUCGUUCAACUUUGCGCACGACAAGGUGCUCGAAGCCAUCACGGAUGUCGAGCCGUGGGAGCCUGGCUGGGACGAGCUGCAGAGCAUCAACUUGAGCCGUCGUCGUCUGGAGUCAUGCGUGCGCUUGAAGGAGUUCCUCCCAGCACUCGAGGAGAUUGACUUGCAGACCAACGAACUGUGCUAUUUGACCGGUAUCCCGACCUCGGUCCGAGUGCUCAAUGUUUCUCACAACCGUCUCACGUCCAUGGCUUCGUUCGGCCACCUGCUGCAUCUCGAAGAGCUGGACAUCAGUGGCAACCAAAUCGAUUCGCUGACGCACCUCAGCUGUCUCAAACACCUGCACACGCUCAAAGCGGAUGGCAACGCGAUCAGCUCUCUCGAUGGCAUCGACAAGAUUCGCAGCUUGGCGCACGUCAGCUUGUCCGGCAACCGCCUCAAGGGUAUCAACCUGGCUACGACACAGUGGGCAGGCUUGGAAACGCUAGACGCAUCGCACAACCAGCUCAUCUCGAUCCGGGGCUUGUCUCUCAUGCGCCGCCUGAAAUCGCUCAACGUCGACCACAACGAUCUCAACAUGGUGGAUCUGUCGCCUGUCAUGCCGAGGCUGCGUGUUCUGCGCGUCAGUGGGAAUGUACAUCUGCAGACCCUCGACGUGGCACCGGCAAAACGGCUGCGCACCCUGUAUGCCGACUAUUGCGACCUGGACCGCAUCCAGAACUUGGACCUGUUGGAAAGUCUCGACAAUCUCAGCAUGCGACAACAGGCAGAGGCGGCCAUCACCUGGCCUGCAGACCAGCUACGAGACGUUCGCCGCCUUUUCCUCUCUGGCAAUGCCUUCCCGCAGGGCAUUUCGACGACAACUGCCAUCCAAGAAGCUCGCAAGCCGAUCACAGCACCGCCCUCGUCGCUACCGGCGCUGAGCCAGCCACUGCGUUUCCUCAAUCUAGUCUACUUGGAGCUGUCCGCCUGUCAGCUGAUGCAGCUGCCAGAAGACCUGGCCGAGGUUGCGCCAAACCUGCGCUCGCUCAACCUGGACCACAACCUGAUCUCCACGCUGCCCAGUCUUUCUGGCAUGCAGAGACUCAAGCGCCUGAGUCUGGUGGGAUGCCGCGUCAAGAAGAGCAAGUCGAUCAUCACAGCUGUUCGCGGGCUUUCCGAGCUGCAAGUGCUCGACUGCCGCACCAAUCCGUGCACGCUCGGUCUUUACGCCCCACUGAUCGCACCUUCCGCAACGCCCGUCUCCCGAGGCGAUGACGGUAGCGCGGACAUGGAUGCUCUGGCCGCAUCGUGGCUUCCGCCUGUCCCGAACGCGCAAAUUGUGCAACCGGACCUGGCUGCACGAGAACGAAGACGGGAAGCACAGGUGCAACGAGAACAGAUCGACUUGCUGGAGAAGUCGUACUUCCACAAGCGUCAGCCGCCUCUUGCCGACUACGCGAUCGACCCGAAUGCAACUCUCGCCAAGGAUGCGCUGGAGAAGGAGACGGCGAGGAGGGCUGCGAAGGACGGCGCGAGCUACUCGAGUCUGUUCUUGGCUGCCGAUGCUAGGUUUGUCAAGACGCUGCCGAAGCUGUUCUACGAGCGGAGGGUGCUGCAUCGAGGCCUGCUGGCAAUGGCGUGUGCGAAGCUGAAUUGGAUCGACGGACUAUUGAUUGACGAGGAGGAGAUCGAAGAGGCGGAUAGACUGGUGCAGAGCCGGCGGUUUGACCGAACUCCCGUGGCGUGA